AAAAAAUAUAAAUGAAAAAAAAUGUAAUAUCACAAGAUAAAAAAGACAAAAAAUACACCUUUAAAUCAUUUACAGAAAUUCUCGAUAAUCUUCAUAUAAAUAUUUCAAAUAAAAUCAAUUAUUAUGUUGAUAAUGACAUAAAUUCAUCUUAUUUCGGAAGUUCGUUAGAAGAAUGGAAAGAGUUAAAUUUAUCUCCUGAUUUUAUUACUUUUUCUAGUGAAAUCUGUAUUUUUUCUCAGUCGCUUCCUCAAAUUUUAUACCAUAAACAAAAAAUAUUUGAUAUAAUAACAAGCUACAUUUCCAAAGGAAAUUCAUUUUCUCUUGAACCUUUUCUAUCAUUACUAGUUUCUUUUUCUAGAGAUUUAAAAGAAGAAUUUAAUCCAUUUAUCAUUAAGACAUUUGAAAUUUUGGAGUCUAUUUUAAUAAAUGAGGAUGUGAAUGUUAUUGAAUGGACAUUUAAUAGUAUUGCAUAUUUAUUUAAAUAUUCGUUAAAAAUUGUACUAAACAAUUUUGAAGAUAUUUUUCAAAUAUUAUCAAAAUUACUUCAUAAAAAUACAACAAAGUUAUAUAUUAUUCGUUAUACGGCGGAAGCUAUUGCAUUUUUAUUUAAACGAAUUGAUGACGCACAAAAAAUAUUACUUAUAAAAUUAUUCAUAACUGAUUUACAAAAAAAUUUUUCUAAUUUAUAUCUUCAAGGCAUAUCAUUAAUAAUUUCAGAAUCAUGCAAGAACAUAAAAAACACAUUGAAUUCGAAGGCAACAAAAACAAUAAAUCAUUUAAUAGAACUUUGGGAGCAUGAUUUUCAAGAAAUAAUGUAUUUAAUUUUGAAAAAUACUAUUAUUUCUUUGAUUAAUCACACUAAUGAAGUAACAUUUUUUCCUAUUAUAGAAACAUUGUUAGUUAAUUUAAAAAAACCGAAAUUUCAUAAUCUAGAUGAUUACUAUUCUUUAUUAUUAAUUUGCAUAUCAGCUCAAAACGGAAAAAAAGUUAGAGAUUGGAAAAUUAUUAUAGAUCAUAUUUUACCAAUUUUAUCAAUACAAAAUAAAUAUUCAUAUAUAGCGAUUAAAUUAAUUACGAACAUAUUAUGUCUAUCAGAUAUAAAUACAAUUAUAUCGUAUAAUAAAAAAAUUAUGGAUUAUAUUGAAUUAUCUGAUAUUAAUACAUUUAAGAUGUUUUUCAAACUAGCACUCAUUAUGCCUGCAAAUAGAUUUAAUACCUUUUUACUAGGAUAUUUUUAUAAUUUUAUAUGCAGAAUUUGGGAAACUCAUCAAGACGACGCUAUUUAUCUAUUACUCUCUAUCAGCAACUCACAGAUAUUAAUAUAUUUGCCCGAAAAUCCUUAUGUUUCAGAAAGGAAGAAAAUUAAAUUUUCGCCUAAUCAUUAUAUAUUUCAGAAUAUAUUAGAAUAUUUCGAGGAAUUAACUAACAAAGCAUCCCUUGAAAUAUUCAUUGAAAAUAAAAUAUCAAUAUGGAAACGAUUAAAACUAUUAUCUUGUAUUGAUUUUAAUUCUAAAUCACUUAAUCAAAUUUUAUAUAAACUUGUCAUUAAAUAUUUAGCUCUUGAAUUUAACUCUGAUUUAGUACCUAUUAUUCAAAUUUUAUUAACAGAACUUUCUUCUAGUAAAUGUGAUGGUCUUGAAGAUAAUGACCUUAUAAAUCUUUUUGAUUAUAUUUCAGAGUCAAGUAAACGAUUUUCUGAGAAUAUAUUAUUUCUUCAAGGUAUUUCUGCAGUUUUUGAAGAUAUAUUGACAAGAUCUCUUAAUUUCAAUAAUAUUAGUAUUGAGACACUUUUUUCUAAUAUUAUUUCAAAUCUACUUAUCUCUGGUUCUCAACGAAGAUUUUACACAAUAAAGAUUUUAACUUUAUUAUAUAAGCUAAGAAGUGAUAUAGACUGUGAAAUACUUAAAUCUUGCAAUAUCAUAGCAGAAACACCACUUGCUAUCGAGUCAUUAAGAACAAUUUCACUAUAUAUUAGAAGAAUUUCUAUAAAUUUUUCUCAAGCCCAAAAUAUGUCUCAAAAAAUUACAAUUAUUUUUCUUAUUGGUUUGAUGACAGUUAAUUUUUCUUCAAUAUCUAAGGACUGUUCUUCGGUUCUUGCAUCUUUAUAUAAUAAAAAUUAUAAUUUUAUUUGGAAAUAUAUAUUUGACUGGAUAAAAUUAGGGAAUAUUAAGAAAACAGAAUUUGUGUUAAAUAAAAGACAUCGAGAAAAAAAUAAAGAUUAUGUAUUUCGAUGUUUUAAAACAGACGUUAAUUUAGACUCUUUACAAAUAGAACAAAAUACUGAUGAGGAAAUAUUAUUGGAUUGGAAAAAAAUAAACGAUAAGGAUGAUUUAGAUAAAAAUAAUGGUUCAACUGAAUAUAGAUCUCAUGCUCUUAAAAUUUUACUAGAAAUUCCAAACCUUGCUGAGGAACAUUCAAGAGAUCUAGUUCCUAUUUUCCUUUCUAUUUUUUCACAAGAUAGAAAUAUAGAAAGUAUGGAUUUAUUAGAUUUUAACUGGUCACAAAUUGAUAAAUCAAACCUUAUAACUAUUUUUAGCAAAUUUAAAAAUCCAAAGUCUUUAUUCAAGUCAAAAGAUAUAUAUGAUGCUCAAUUACUUCUUCUAAGUCAAGGCGAUAUUAAAAUUCAAAAUCUUGCUCUAAAUUGUAUAUUAUCAUGGAAAUCUCCAAAAGUGCUUCAUUAUGAAAAUAACUUAAGAAAUUUAUUAGAUACUACAGCAUUUCGUGAUGAAUUAGCAAAUAUUAUGCAAGAGAACAGCUUGUAUGAUUUUGAAAAUCAACAGCUGUUUCUAAUUGUUUUAAGAAUACUUUAUGGCAGAAUGAUAUCACGAUCAAAUUCAUCCUCAAGAAAACACUCGCUUUCAACUAAACGAGAAAUUAUUUUAUCAUCUCUUACUAUUUUUCCUUCGGAAAUUUUUAAAAUAUUUCUGAACAUUAUGAUAGAGCCAUUUAGUAAGAUAACGUGCAUUGACAAGUCGAAUUCCAGUGUAUAUAAACUAAAAGAUAUUCAAGAAUCUAUUGAGCAAAAAAAGCAAAUAGGAUUUUGUAGGGUUCUUAAAGAAGUUCUAAAGCAAAUAGGAUCAAAAAUAAUGCUUUAUUUAUCAGAUAUAUUAAAUGUUCAUUUUUACUGUUGGAAUGAUUCCGAAUCUAUUAUAGAAUCAUUUUCCAGUAUGAAGGGCAAAAAUGAAAAUAUUUGCCUAAAAUACGCAAAAACUAUUAGACAUAUAUGUUAUCAAAAUCUUAACAAGAUGUUUUCUUUAGGAUUUAGCCAUGAAUGGAAGCCUUAUAUGGCUCUUCUUUUUGUAAAAUUUAUCAAUCCUAGACUCAAAAACAUAUGUAUCGAUAGUUUACAGGCACCUUCUGGACUUUUAAAAAUUUUUUCUACUUGGUCAGAAAAUGCAAAUAUGGUACAUUUCCUUUAUGAUUAUAAUGAGGAAAUAGUUUUGGAAAUCACAAAAUGUUUAUCUUCGUAUUCUAUUAAAGAAGAUGUUGUAUUAUUUAUAUUCGACUUUUAUAGAAAAAUGAUUUUACAUGCAAAUAUGCUAAAUGAAAUUCCAGAAAAUGGCAAACAAUAUUCUUCAAAAGAAUUUUUUUUGAAACACAUAUCUAUUAUACUAAAUGCUUUAUACGGUCUAUUAAUCGAUCCACAACGUAAAUGGACUAAAAAUAUUUAUCAACCUCUAAUUGAUUUACUUUCAUUGAUUUCACUAUUGGUAAAUGGAUCAUCUCAGGUUGAUAUUCUUUUAGAAACAAAUAUAUCUAUAAUUUCAAAAUUUUCGAAAUUUAUUUCAGAAUUUACAAAAAAUAAUAUUUUCGAAACAAUACAAAACCUUUUACCUUUAAGUCAAAAAAUACAUACUGAUUAUAAUUUUUUCCAUUAUGUUUUUGAAACUCUUAUACCAAUGUUCGGAACAUUAAAAAAUAGGAAUACACGAAUUACUUUAUCCAAUUUAAUAAACAUGUUUUCUAAAAUUAAUCCUGAACUAACAGAUGUUUCAAACCUUAUAUUGGAUUUAAAUUCAUUAUCUUCUACUAAAUUGGAUCAGCCAGAUUUCAAUAGAAUAUUAUCGGCUUUUACUAUAAUAAAUGACUAUAAAUGGAAAGAAUUUAAUAUAGAUAGUUGGGCUUUACUUAUUCAUAAUAUGAUUUUUUUUAUUCAGGACGAAGAGGAAUUUUCCAUAAGGAUAAAUGCAUCAUAUACAAUGAAGAAAUUUAUUGAAAGAUUCAAGGACAUUUCUAUUACUGAAAGAGAAGCAUAUUUAAAACUUCUUUCUUCUUCAAUUUUAAAAGCAUUAAAAAGAGAAAUGAAAUUAAAUAAAGAUCUUGUACGACAAGAAUAUUUAAGUAUUUUAGCACAUGUUGCUAAAUUUUGCAAUUUUUGGGUAAAAGUUUCUGAUCUUCAAAUUUUGCUAGUUGGUGAUGAUGAAGAAGCAAAUUUUUUUAAUAAUAUCCUUCAUGUUCAACAGCAUCGCCGUAUUCGUGCUCUAAGACGACUUUGUAUUGCAUCUUCUGAGGGAAAAAUAAAUAAAAACAAUAUUUCACAGAUAUUUUUACCUUUAACAGAAAGUUUGUGUAUUUAUUCAUCAAAGCAAUAUCAUAAUCUUGUUUCUGAGGCAAUUAAAAGUAUUGGAAUUAUUUCUUCUUGUAUUCAUUGGAAUCAAUAUUAUACUUUGUUUAGGCGGUAUAUAAAAAAAUUAAAAAAUAAUGAUAAUGACUUAAAGAUAACAAUACGCAUAAUUGAUUCUAUCGCAGAUGCUUUAUUUCAUUCUUGCAAAUUUUCUCUAUUGAAUUCAGAAAAGAAUAUUAAAACAGGGGAUUCAGCAGAAAUUUUUAUAGAAAAUGGACUUAAAGCUCAAUUAAACAACAAUAAUACAUGUUUUCGCUUAAAGGAUUCAAUCACUGAUGAUAUACCUUUAAAAGAUAUUAUAUGUUCAGAAUUUAUUCCUCCAUUAGUCCAAAUUCUUCGCAAAAUAGAUAUAUCUACUAUAGCCUCAAGAGUUCCAAUAGCAUUGACUAUUACAAAACUUUCAAAGUGUUUGAAUCAUAACGAUUUAUUGUCAAAUUUAUUAUUAGUUCUUUCAGAGAUCUGUAAAAUUUUGCAAAGUCGAUCACAGGAUCAUAGAGAUAUAGCUCGAAAAAUUUUGUCGGAUAUUAUAGGUUUGCUUGGCCCUCAUUAUUUAUUGCCCAUCCUUAUAGAGUUAAAAAAUACACUUAAACAUGGCUACCAACUUCAUGUUCUCGGAUUUACAAUGCACACAUUAUUGUAUCGUUUACAGGAAAAUUCCCUUAUUGGUUCUAUAAACAAUUGUACAGAUAUAAUUGCAGAAAUUUUAGUAAAUGAUAUUUUUGGUAACGUUGGAAUGGAAAAAAAGUCAGAAGAAUAUAUAUCAUCAAUGAAGGAAGUAAAAACCAAUAAAAGUUACGAUUCUUUUGAGAUUUUAUCUAGUAUCAUAAAUUUAGAAUAUCUUAGUAUUCUUUUAAAACCUAUUUUUAGGCUUCUCCAUAAAGAGUUAACUUUAGAGAUCUUAAAAAGUGUGGAUAUAGUAUUUAAAAGAGUAAAUCUUGGGAUACUUAAAAAUUCAUUAUGUUAUACUCAUGAUGGUUUGCGUUUAUGUUAUAAUUUAUUUCAAAAAGGAAUGAAGGGUUUUAAAACUGAAAAUAAUAAGGAAACAGACAAAGAGCAAUUCGCGCCAGAACUUAAUUUAUCUAUAAAAAAGACAAAAAAUAACUUUUCAAAAAAUUCAUACAAAAUUAUUAAAUUUUCAUUAGAUCUUCUAAAAGGAAUUUUGUCGAAAGAUAGGUCUUUAAUUUCUCCUGAAAAUUUAAUACCUUUUAUUCCAAUAAUUGGAGACAUGGUUUUAUCAGGGAAUGAAGAUGUUCACAUCUCUGCAUUAAAUACAUUUAUUAUUUUCCUAAAACUUGAUAUAGAACAAGUUAAUUCAUCGUUAAAUGUUUUUGUUAAUCAGGCAUUUUCUUUCAUAAAAUUAUCUGCAUCUACUAACACCGAAUUAUGCCAAACAAGUUUAAAAUUUUUAACACAUGUUUUCAAAAGCAAUAAAAACAUCGAAAUUAAAGAAGGAUGGCUUGCGUAUAUCAUUACAAAAAUAAAACUUGACAUAGAGGAGCCCGAUAGACAGGAUGUUACAUUUUCUAUUAUUAAAGCGAUAAUGUCCAGAAAAUAUAUUUUUCCAGAGUUAUACGAUUUAAUUGAUUCUAUUUCAAACAUUUUGGUAACAAGUCAGUCAAAAGUAACUAGGAAUAUGGCUAGAGGAAUAUAUUAUCAAUUUUUACUCGAUUAUCCUCAAGGAAAAAGUCGAUUAAAAAAACAAAUAAGUUUUCUAGUUAGGAAUCUAGAGUAUGAACAUGCAUCUGGUCGCCAAUCUAUUAUUGAAACUAUGAAUUUAAUUAUAAGUAAUUUUGAAGAUUCUGUAAUAGAAGAAUUUUUAGAACUCUUUUUUAUUGCGUUAAUGAUGGUAAUUGCAAAUGAUAGUGAUAGGCAGUCUAGGACUAUGUCCAGUAUUCUUUUGCAAAAAAUUUUUAAGCGUUCUAAUAGUUUUAUUCUAAAAUUUAUAACAGGAUCUUUAAAAACAUGGUUAGAUGAAACAGAAAAAAAAUCCUUAAGAAUUGCAGCCAUUCAAGGUUAUAACCUUUUGUUUCAAGCAUUACAAAAAACAAAACCGGAAGAAAUUUAUUACUUUCUUGAAAAAGCUCAAAGUAUUUUAAAUGAAAAUAUUAUUUCUGAAAAUUCAAAGGAUUACGAACUUAUUUAUCAAAUUAUGCUUACAAUGUUUAAUCUAAUAAAAUUUGUCCCGGAGAUAAUUAUGUCAUCAGAACGAUCAACUCUUUGGAAGCUUUUUAUACAUUUAUUAACAUAUCAAAAUCAUAAAAUUAGCCUUAUUUCGGCGGAGAUAAUAGAAAAAUCGUUUUCUUUUUGUAAAUCAGUUCCAAAAAAAAUGCCUUUAAUAUCACCAUAUGGACUAUCAUUUACUCAAGAUGAUUUAAAUAUGAUUUCAAAUACUCUUUUACAUAAGUUUCAUAAUUCUGAGUUAAAUAAGGAAUUAAGUUUUCGGUUUUCUAAAAAUUUAUUAUUUAUUGCACGGUUUUAUUAUCUAACUAAUGCUAAAAUUUCAGACUUUGAUAGUUCAUUAUACAUACAUCCAAAAUUGGAAAAAUUUAUGGAAUUAAAAAACAUAGAAUCUUUAAGUUGUCUUGAAUGGUUAAUAUUUAGGCUUUGUAUAAUCCUAAAAAACGAGAAGAAUAUAAAUUCAGAGUCAGUUAUAAUUUCCAAACAUCAAAUAAUGGAAUUAAUAAGAGCACUUAUUAAUUUUCUUUCCAUAAAUGACUUAAAAAGUCUUGCAAAUAUAAUUAUUAGUCCUUUAUAUAAGUAUACAGAUAAUAAAGUCGCAAUGGCCAAAACUCAAAAAGAUUUGAAACACAUUUCUGAAAAAGUGUUGAACGAAUUACAUUCUAAAAUAGGGACAACUUUAUAUAUCCAAAUAUUUAAUAAUAUUAGGCAAGAGUCAUUAAAAAUUAGACAAGAUAGAAAAUUAAAAAGGUCUAUUCUUUCCGUGUCAAAUCCUGAAAAACUGGCCAGAAAAAAAAUAAAAUUAAAUAUAAAGAAAAUGAAAUCGAGAAGAAGGAAAUUUGCAUUAUUUCACCUUAAAAAUGGUUUAAAAUCAUAAACUGUAUAAAAAUAUCAAUAUCCGUGUUUUUGUCUCAAAAUAAU